AUGACGACUGACCGACCCCCCGCAAACGCCUUCGUUGCCGCAGCUCGUAAAGUGUAUGGCCCUGUCGGCUUCACUAAAGGAUACAACUUCAUUUUAUUCUUCAUCUUUGGUGGGGCCUUCUUGGGCUUCGCUCUUGCUCGGUUGCAGUAUCUCGCCCUUGACACAACCUGCAUCUCAGGCAAGGACUCAGAGAAGCCUCUCGACUGUUACUAUUACACCGAGCGGUCCAUCGACAGAGUCGGCAUCCUCCUACACCUCGCAACGAUUCUCCCUGCGUCACUCCUCACCUGCCUCCAGUUUGUGCCUAUCAUUCGCCGCACCUUCGUCCUUUUUCAUCGCAUCAAUGGGUACCUCAUCGUCAUCCUGAGCCUCGUGUCAACUGCAGGCGCUCUUAUGCUGGCGCGAAAUGCAGUUGGGGGUUGGAUGGAUGUUCAGAUGGCUGUCGGGGUUUUGUCCAUCGCCUUCCUCUCCUCGCUGGCACUCGCCUUGUACAACAUCAAGCGCCUGCAAAUCGAGCAACACAGGGCAUGGAUGCUGAGAGCUUGGUUUUAUCACCCUGACUGUGAGGCGUACUUCUCUGGUCAGAACCCCAACAAGGCUGUCCUCGUGUCCGCAACUAUGGACGGGAACGGGAGUAAUGCAACCGCCGUGUUGAGUCUUGGUUUUGGAGCUGCGUUUUGGCUUGCAUUUGCCAUGCAUGCUGUCGGGGUUGAAAUCUAUCUACGCCUCACCCCGGCCGAAGCAAACCGUUUACGGAACGUGUCGUAUCAACGCCAACUCGAGGCUGGCAUGAAGCACCCUGGUCGCUCUGGCCUUACUGCGGACAGGAUUGGUGAUUCAGCGCUGUGGGAACCCAAGGGUCAAGAGCACUCGGCCGAGAAAGUCGAGGGCGCUGAAUAA